GAGCGGCGGUUCCGCUUCCGGCGGCCUGGCUCGGAGCGGCGGGCGGAGGGAGACGGUUGCCAUGAGCUUCCUGAAGCGGUUCCCGCCGCCGGCCGAGGGGGUCCGGCAGCAGCAGCCCGACACUGAGGCGGUGCUGGGAGGCCGCGGGCUGGGCACUGGGACGCUGUACAUCGCCGAGAGUCGCCUCUCAUGGUUAGAUAAGUCUGGACUGGGUUUCUCUUUGGACUAUCCCACCAUAAGUUUACAUGCUGUCUCCAGGGACCUAAAUGCCUAUCCAUGGGAACAUUUGUAUGUCAUGGUGAAUGCCAAAUUUGAAGAGGAAGAGCCAAAAGAAACUCCCAUGGCUGAAGGGGAAGAGGAGGAAGACAGUGAUGAUGAUGAACCAAUUGCAGAAUUCAGAUUUGUACCCACCGACAAAUCGGCCUUGGAAGCUAUGUUUUCAGCAAUGUGUGAAUGCCAAGCCCUACACCCAGACCCUGAAGAUGAAGAUUCAGACAAUGAUUACGAAGGGGAGGAAUAUGACGUGGAAGCCCAUGAACAAGGACAAGGCGAUAUCCCUUCCUUCUACACAUAUGAAGAAGGGUUGUCACACUUAACUGCAGAGGGUCAAGCCACUUUGGAGAGAUUAGAGGGCAUGUUAGCUCAGUCUGUGAGCAGCCAGUACAACAUGGCAGGAGUGCGAACAGAAGAUUCAGUGAGAGAGUUUGAAGAUUCCUCUCAUGGCACUUCCAGAAUAAGCUGUAAAACUGAAGGCAUUGCAGUGACUAUUGGGAAUUAACCUCUUUAACUUCUCUAUUAAUGACCUAAGCAUGGACAUCUACGUUUGUAAAUGCUUUUAUAGAUGUGCUUAAAACAGAGUUUGAUAUUUCUGUGACCACCAUGGGGUUUUUAUUUAAAAGAUAAAAACAAUAACACCUCUUGUCUAACGCUUGAAUGGGGCUAAUCAUGGCUCGUUUCUAGGAAGCCUUUGUAGGAAUUCUAGGAAUUAAACAAAAUUGUAAUUAGAACAGAAUUCUAGGUUGUCCUAGAAUUUGUCCGUAUUUUUGUAUCUGUUUAUCCACUGAGUCACACAUGUAUGAUAGAAACAGGAGUUUGGUAAAGAA